CGUGCGCACCCGAGACCCGCGCGCCCACGCGGCGGCGUCACAACGCGGAUUCUUAACGCGCGCGCGCGCACGCGCCUCCUCGUGCACGGAGACGGGGGCCCGGCCGCGCACGCGCCGCGCGCAAGGGGGAGGGAGGGAGGCGAGGAGGGAGUCCAAAUCCCGCGCGGACGCGAGCGCCUUCAGCACCGUGGCCGCGGCUCGCUCGGGCCACCACCGCCACUGCGAACGAGUGGCGACCGAGGCGCAGAGAAGAACGAGGGCCGUCGCUUGUCCAGGCGCUCUCCCCGCGCCGGGUCCGCGUGUCCCCGCGCGCUCCCCACCACCACCACCACCACCACCCCACCUCUUCCCGCCCCCGAUUUUUUUUUCUUCCGCGCGAGACUCUCGCCGUGCCCGGGCCCAUGCAGGUAGCUCAAGGACGAUGGCUUGCACCGCCCUGCGCUCGGCCCCUCUCCUCCUAGCGCUCGCAUUCCGUUUCGCGCUGUGCCAGGACCGGGGGAACGAGGUGAUCGAGGCGGACUCGCCGGGCCGCUGCGACGCCUUCUACGCGGGCCUCUCGAGCUGCCUCCACCGCCUGGGAGACCAGCUGAACCGCGUGCGGCCCGACAUGGACGAGAGCCACGCGGUCACCACGCUCUGCAAGCACUGGGAGGAGUUUCAAGCGUGCUCAGUGGCCGCCAUUUCCGACUGCCAGAAGGGUGCCACGGACACGUGGAAGUCGCUGGCGAAGGACAUGCGGAAGCUCAAAUUCAAGGGGAACAUGUACGCGCUAUGCGACAAGAGCAGCGCGGCCACACGCGCCGCGCCCACGCCGGGCCUCGUGCCACCGGUGGCCCUGCUCGUCCCUCUCGCCGCCGCCUGGCUGCAGCUCGCGCUGUGACGGUCCCACGCACACGCCAGAGGACCCCCCCACCCACCCUCGAGGUCCGGGUCUUCGGGGGGCGAGGGGUGAGGGGGGGGGGUUCCACCCCUGCUCCUCCGCACCCCCCCCCCCUACACCACCCGACGCGCGAGAGACGACUCCCCCCCCCCGCCCAUUCCCUACAUCCUUCUUCCCUCUCGCCAUCCCGCGCGCAAGGUGGCCCACGUCUCACGCCGCCGUCAUUAACCCGCACGGGGAGAGGAGGAGGGGGGGGGGGUGUGCGACAAGUCUCCUUAAGCCACGCCACUGUCGAGGGGUAGGGGGGAGCGAGCCCCCCGUCCCGCGGAAACCUUAAAACUCACAAAGCAAUCGAGCACAGAAGGGGGGGGGGGCUGGGAGUCUGGAGAGAAGCGACACAAAUUUGGCGGCGGCACAGAGACGCGCAUGGUGCGGAGUGAGUGGUUGUUGUUGUUUUUUUUUUAAAUUGUAUUGAGCAGCGCCGUGGCGGAGGAGGCGAGUGCGGCGACGGGGAGGCGCGUUGGUAAAGACGUUGAUUGUAGAACUCACGGGGUUGCAAGCGAGCGCUGUGUGCUCGACGGGGAGACGCCGGGCGGGUUCGUUAGGCCCCACGCGCGUCUGGGGCCGCGCCGCGCUCCGCAGAGAAGCGUGGUGGGGGAAGGGUGAGAGGGAGCGGAGCCAGGCAGUGUGUGAGCUAGUGAGGAGUGUGAGUUAGUGAGGAGUGUGAGUUAGAGAGAGAGUGUGAGUUAGUGAGAGAGUGAGCUAGUGA